AUAUUUUUGGAAGACUAGCAGCGGGAGAGGCUUGCACUAGCUGUAAAGGGUCCAGCAGGCGAGGAAAAAGGUCCGGGCAUUGACGGAUGGUUACAUUCGAUGUGCCAUAACAGGUAGCCAUGGGCAGCGAUCAAUAAAACAAUACUGCACCCCGCCGGAACUUGCGCACGAUAAAGACAUCUCACGAGAGUUAGGCCUGGUGUUGUAACCAAAAGAAGAGGGAGCACUGGGUAUGGCCUCGGAAGGGGCGGUAACAACGCCACGGCGACGAACACGAGAUCUGACUAUAACCCGCUACAGCGCUGUACGAUGGAGCUAUAGCUGUUGCCCAGGGAAGUGCGCAGUCGAAUUAGCUGGCCGUUGUGGUAGCGCUCACACCAGCAACGAUAACCUCGGUCAGCACAUGGGCUGCCUGCUCACCAUUGAAGCAACACUCGAAUGUCACCACGUGACAUCUAAUUGUAGCUUUUCCUUCGCACAGCCCGAUUAUAAUAUCUAUUCGACCGGAAGACGUGGAGUAGCACCAUUCCGAGGCCCCGAGGUCAGCACCGGAAGCUGUAGGCGCUGUCGCACGUUUCGCGAAGCGUAUGAGUUCGCACGGAGGUCCUCCUCUCAGCGGAUACAACGGCCUGUCAACUGUCUGCGCCCCAGACGUCGCGACGAUACGCGUCCGCUGUCACGGCAGUCGAUAUGGAGGCAACGGGUGAGGGAGCGAGGCUAGAAUAGUGUUCGGGUUCCGUGCACGCUCUUUAAAACACGCCGUGUUCCAUCAACGCUCAACACGGAGUUUCAUCCCUUCGCCAGAAACACGUUUGCCGUAGAAAUCAGGGUCU